AUGCCGAGACUGACGAGACAGAUCGCCAUAUUAUCAUGUCUCCUCACUGUGUGUUAUUCUUCACGAGAUGAUGUUGGGACUGGUAUUGUUAACGCUGAUACGAUAACUACCAUGGCAACAGAUAAUACGACAGCAGCAAACACAACGUAUAACUUUACAACAGCGAAUAACACAAUCAAAACUACGACACUUCUACAAGAUAACACAACAUAUGCAAGAACAAGACCUACAACGACACCUUACGCAACCACACUAGCCUCGACAAGCAUCAAUCGAUCCACAAGCACCGAACUUAUUCAAACAUCUAGCACAACUACUGCAGCCUUAGUAACACCUCCGCCAAGCAUACCUCCCAUUUUUAGUAAGUUUGAGCAAUUCAUUAUUGUAACUUUAAACCCUGUACCAUGA